UCACUUCGUCCUCUAAUAAAUUUGUUCCAAAAAAAAAAAAAAAAAAAAAAAAAUUCCAUCAAAAAAAUAAAAUCUUUCACGCAAUCUUUUUAUUUAAUACUAUAUCUAUAUGUGGGUUUUUAUCAAAUUUCAAGACCCAUCUUUUUCUAUAAAUGUCCCUGGUAACCAUUUUUUGCUCUUGUCAUUGCCCUUGAAUUCACAUUAAGCCAUUGAACUCUGUGACUAAAAUCAGAUGUGGGUUCUGGGUUUUAGGUGAAAUCUUGAAUUGGGUUGGUGGGUUUUUGAAGAAAGAACUAAAGGAUUCGGUUUUUUUUUUUUUUUUUUUUUUUGGAGUGGUGGGUUUGUGAGAAUGGGGCAUAGUUCAAAGAAGAAGAAGAAGGGUGGAGGAGGAGGGAGUGGGAGGAGGAGCAAAGGAAGGACUACAUUGAAAGACCAGGCGUCUCAUGUUGGUGGUGAUGAUAAUGAACUUCUCAAUGAGGAGAUCACUGCUUUGUGUGCAAUAUUUCAAGACGACUGCAAAGUUACUUCUGGGUCACCUCCUCAAAUAAUUAUUAAGCUGAGGCCUUACUCAAAGGAUAUGGGUUAUGAGGAUCUAAAUGUUUCUGCUCUUCUUUUAGUUAGGUGCUUACCAGGUUAUCCUUACAAGUGUCCUAAGUUGCAGAUAACUCCAGAGAAUGGUAUGUCGAAGACUGAUGCCGAUAAGCUUUUAUCUCUCCUUCGUGAUCAGGCAAAUUCUAAUGCCCGAGAUGGACGUGUAAUGGUUUUCAAUUUGGUGGAGGCUGCUCAAGAGUUCCUAUCUGAAAUUGUGCCAGUGGCUCAAUCACAUGAAUCUGUUGUGUGCUCGACCAAGGAUGGCAGUAGUGGAUUGUUUCAGAAGGAAAUUACUGCUUUAAGUAACAAGAGGGGCCCUUUUGUUUAUGGUUUUAUAGAUCUGUUCGCUGGCUCUGGAGAGUCAUGGACUUGGGGUUUCGGAAUUGACGAAAAAGGUGGGAUAAACUUUUCAGUGCAACCCCAUACACCCGAGGGCUCAAAACUUGUAUAUGAGGUUCCGGAAAAGCAACCUGACAAGAAUGCAAAGCCAUUGAAAAUGCAAGAUACAAAGCAAGGUUUAUUACCUUCCCCUACUGCAAAAUUAGACACUCUUGAAGAUGAGAGUGAAGAUGGCAAUAAGAGUAUAUCUUCUACUGAUUCAAGUAGGUCUCUAGAGGAGGAGUUGGUCAGAAGUACUACUGAUGAUGAGAAUAAUUUUAUUCUUGAGGGGCAAACAACUGAAGAUGAUGAUGAUGUUAAAUUUGGAAGUGACACUUUAGGGUCACUUCCUUCUGCUCCUGUGGGUCAUGACCAAGAAUCUCAAAUGGUUGAACGGGAUCUAGUAAUGGUUCAUCUACUUCGCCUCGCUUGUGCUUCUAGAGGACCAUUGGCUGAUGCUUUGCCACAAAUAACUACAGAGCUGUACAACCUAGGGAUCUUUUCAGAAUGGGCCCGGGACUUAGUUUCUAAACCAUCUUCAAAUUUUUACAAAACCUUUGUUAAUGUUUUCCAAGAUCAUAUGGUUUCAUCCCGAUUGUCUCAAUUUUGGAAAUCCACUGCUGAUUUUGGAGAGCCAAGUACAUCUAUCCCAACAUCCCGAUUUCUCAAUGACUUUGAGGAGCUAAAAUCCCUUGGUCAUGGAGGUUUUGGCCAUGUUGUGCUGUGCAAAAAUAAACUAGAUGGAAGACAAUAUGCUGUGAAAAAAAUUCGCCUCAAGGACAAAAGCCUGCCUGACCGAAUUUUGAGGGAAGUAGCCACUCUUUCUCGUUUGCAGCAUCAACAUGUUGUCCGGUACUAUCAGGCAUGGUUUGAAACAGGAGUUGCUAGUUCUUAUGGUGACACUACUGGGGAUUCAAUGACUGCAGCAAGCUCCACUUUCAGCUACUUAGGCACAAACUCAGUUGAUGCUGUUGGGCAGGAGAACAAGAUUGAAUCAACCUUUUUAUAUAUUCAAAUGGAGUAUUGCCCUCGGACGCUUCGCCAAGUUUUUGAGUCAUAUAGUCAUUUUGACAAAGAAUUAGCAUGGCAUUUGUUUCGUCAAAUUGUGGAAGGCUUGGCCCACAUACAUGGGCAAGGAAUCAUCCAUCGGGACUUAACCCCGAAUAACAUAUUCUUUGAUGCCCGCAAUGAUAUCAAAAUUGGGGAUUUUGGUCUUGCCAAGUUUUUGAAGUUGGAGCAGUUGGAUCAAGAUCCAGGCUUUCCUUCAGAUACGGCUGGAGUUUCAAUUGAUGGUACUGGUCAAGUUGGUACCUAUUUUUACACUGCACCAGAAAUUGAGCAGGGAUGGCCUAAGAUUGAUGAAAAGGCUGAUAUGUACAGCUUAGGAAUUGUGUUCUUUGAGCUUUGGCACCCAUUUGGGACAGCAAUGGAGAGAAACGUUGUUCUCAAUGAUUUGAAGCAGAAAGGACAAUUUCCUCCAGCUUGGGUUACUGAAUUUCCUGACCAGGCAUCCUUGUUGCAGCGCUUAAUGUCUCCUAGUCCGUCUGAUCGUCCCUCUGCCACUGAACUUCUACAGCAUGCAUUUCCUCCAAGGAUGGAAUCUGAGUUGUUGGAUAAUAUUCUACGAACAAUGCAAACUUCAGAGGACAGAAGUGUGUAUGAUAAAGUUGUCAAUGCUAUCUUUGAUGAAGAGAUGCUAAACGUGAAAGACCACCACCAUCAUGCUGGUGAAAUGAGGUUGGCUGGAGAUGACACCUCUAUUCAGUACACAGAUUUAGACACUGAGGUUCGUGAUUGUGUUGUUGAGGUAACAAGGGAAAUUUUCAGACAGCAUUGUGCAAGGCAUCUGGAAAUAAUACCCAUGCGUUUGUUGGAUGAUUCUCCACAGUUCAAUAGGAAAACUGUCAAACUGUUGACACAUGGAGGAGAUAUGCUUGAACUUUGUCAUGAGCUGCGUUUGCCUUUUGUUAGCUGGGUAAUCUCCCACCAGAGAUCUUCGUUCAAACGCUAUGAAAUAUCGUAUGUCUAUAGAAGAGCAAUUGGGCAUUCAUCACCGAAUCGCUAUCUUCAGGGUGAUUUUGACAUUAUUGGAGGUGCAUCUGCAUUGACAGAGGCUGAGGUUAUCAAGGUGACAAUGGACAUUGCAACUCGUUUUUUUAAUCCAGAUUCAUGUGAUAUUCAUCUAAAUCAUGGGGACCUUCUGGAUGCAAUUUGGUCUUGGACAGGGGUAAAGGCAGAGCAUAGACAGAAAGUAGCAGAGCUUCUUUCUAUGAUGGGUUCUCUGCGUCCUCAAUCCUCUGAACGGAAAUCAAAAUGGGUGGUCAUAAGGCGUCAGCUUUUGCAGGAACUCACUCUAGCAGAAGCUGUUGUAAACAGGUUGCAAACUGUUAAUUUAAGGUUCUGUGGAGCUGCAGAUCAGGCACUUGCUAGAUUGAGGGGAGCCUUGCCAGCUGAUAAACUUACACGCAAGGCACUUGAUGAGUUGUCAGAUCUCUUUACCUACUUGAGAGUUUGGAGGGUUGCAAAACAUGUUUAUAUUGAUGCAUUGAUGCCACCAACUGAGAGUUACCAUAGAGAUUUGUUCUUUCAGGUAUAUUUAAUAAAGGAGAACAAUCCUGGAUCACUUAUAGAAGGUGCAUUGCUUGCUGUCGGUGGUCGCUAUGACUAUCUGCUUCACCAAAUGUGGGGUCAUGAAUAUAAAACAAGUCCGCCAGGUGCUGUUGGGACUAGCAUCGCAUUAGAGACAAUAAUUCAGCAUUCUUCUGUAGAUUUUAAACCAAUUAGAAGUGAAGCUAGCACCAGUAUUCUUGUUUGUUCAAGGGGAGGAGGUGGUCUGUUGGUAGAGCGUAUGGAACUUGUCGCUGAAUUAUGGGAAGAGAACAUCAAGGCUGAAUUUGUCCCCACACCUGAUCCAAGCCUUACAGAGCAGUAUGAAUAUGCAAAUGAGCAUGAUAUAAAAUGUAUAGUCAUCCUAACAGACACAGAUGUGUCUCAAACGGGUUCUGUAAAGGUCCGUCAUCUUGAGCUCAAGAAGGAGAAGAAAAUUCAGAGAGAAAACCUAGUCAGGUUUUUACUGGAGGCGAUGACAACACAAUUUAGAAACCCCUCAAUUUGGAACUAGGCAUAUCUUCCUCGAUGACAACACAAUUUAGAAACCCCUCAGGUUAUGGUCCUUUCUCUGGUAGCCCCUUUCAUUUCACGAGAGCCAGACUUUCAACAGGAAUCAUCAGUCAUAUUCCUGAAAGGGCAUUCGAGAAGUUUUGCAUGUUUACAUUUUACUUUUCUUUUUCCUGAAGACUCUUGAGAUUUCUUUUGCUUCAUAGUUAAUUCCACAUUUUAAUGGUGUAAAUCUGUAAAUAUUUGAAACAUGAACUAGUGGAAUAGAAUUAGCAACUGAUGAGUUAGGGCUAUCAAUUUCUUUCCCCCCUUUUAUUUUAUUUUAUUUCUUCUUUCUCAGUUUUGUGCAAGUAGAUAUGUAUAUAACUAAUAUUCACACCAAUCAAUAGAAAUGUCUCCCUUAUUU